ACGCUCAGUUCGUGCCGGGUUGCGUUACGGUGUAGUUCGCUACAGUCCGCCUUUCCAUUCUAGUGAACCACCACGUUGUGUGUGUUGCCGCGAGGAGUGCGACGAGCGUUAUUGUUGUGCCCGUUGGUUGAUUCACCCGAGCUCCGGUCAAGUGUAUCGCCGGCAGACCCGUUGCGGGCGUAAUUAUAUCUGCAAAGACUGGCGUGUCCCUAACCCUGCCAGUGACCCUGUCGGGGCAAGUGGAAUAAUUGUGUGCUUUUUUUGCAUUUCCCCCGCUUCGUGUCGUUCGAACCCAGAGCGACUCCACAAGUGCUGUGUGUUGGUGUGCAUAAGUCUUAGAAUUAAAUCUUUAUCAAGUGAUCUUCCGAAGCGUGCAACAUGGCCUCCGCGGCGGAAAAAGAUGCAUCAGCAGUCGAAAUAAACAUCGAGGACGGUGCGACCGAUGUGCCAGAUACUGGACGGGCCACCGCCAGACAGCUGCUGGCCGCCAACGGUCGUAACAAUCGAAGCCGGCCGAAUAGUCGAUCCCCAUCGGGCCGAUCGAAGCGUGAUACGGAAAAAGCCCGCACCGAUGCAAUUCCAUUGCUGCCCGUCCCGAACGAGUCCAAUCUGCCACGCCAGGAACCGCCGAUCGCUGGGCCCGAAAUGGAUGAUGAAGAUUCGCUGGACAAUGGCGUCGAUUUGGACGAUCCCAAGAGCAACCGGGGCAUUGACAGUGGAUUUUUGGACCCGAUCGAUAAUGGGUCGGUCGAUACGGGAGGUGUAACGCGUCCGGGACGUCGGGGAGGUCGUCGCAAUCAGACACCAACGCGUCCCACCUAUCGGCCAGGAUUUGCGCCCGGUUUUGAUGCAGACGGAACACGUGUUAUUGAAACCACCGACAGUGGACAGAUCAUACCGGACGUGAAUGUGUACCAGCAGAAGAAGAACCUUGCCCAGGGUAUGAUGGAUUUAGCGCUGCUGUCCGCCAAUGCAAACCAGCUCCGUUACGUGCUCGAAUCGUACAAACGACAUCCGUACUUCUACGUCAAUCUGAUCUUCAUCUCGACCAGCAUUAUCGCGCAGGUUGUGGUCGGUAUCGGACUGAUCUGGAAGAGUCGGUAUAACAUCAAGAAUGAGAAUGACUUUUGUAAGGCAGAUCGAAUCAAUAAUCUCAUCACGAUCGGCAUCUUCAUCAUUACGCUCGUGAACGUGCUCAUAUCGGCGUUUGGUGUGGCGGAACCGCAAGCCGUUGUGUGACGGUAGUGUAUCUCGAGUUUUGCAUUAACAGUUAUCGUCUUUUGUGUUAGGAAGUUAGUUUAGAGUGUAGAGUGAGUGCACGCCCGUGCACUUGGUUGAUCAUUGCCGUUCAGAAUAUAGAGAACGACAACAGGCGGCCUAGUCGAUCGUACUCAUUGCAGUAAUCGAUAUCUCAUUUUGGAGAGAGAAAAUACAGAAUAGAGAAGAGAGAGAAAAUGUAAAUACAAAUUUACAGGAACAGUCAUUUGAAUGCAUUUUCAGGUUAGUUCCAUUUCGAUACCCAUAAAGCGAUUUCAUCUUUUAAACAGUCGACCGUUAUUAUUAUUUUCAACACCAAAAUAUCUCCUGUAUUAUGAUCAAACUGGUGACUUAUUGUUAUAAGUUCUUAUGUGAAAUAAAGAAAACAAUUAAAAACACUUUAAAA